UUUGCUCAAACACUAGCAAGCUCUCGUGCCAGAAACAUCCGUCAGAGAGCCCGUGUCUGCUGGAGUCUCGAGAUUACGCUUCUAGCGGGGUCCAGCACCAGUUGGCUCUGCUUCUUUUUUUUUUUUUUCCCCCCUUCGACAACACUCUCGCGCGCUCUCUCGUGCGGUUCCAUAUACCUUCUCGGCCGGUGUAAAUUUGGUGCGCCCGCGGGCAAACAGCUCGACGGAUGGAAGAGGCGCGGUCCCGUGAUAUCGCAGUGUGUGUCGGCCGUGUGAGCUAACCGCUUCGUUGGUGCCCUCUCGUUACGUUACGUUACAGUGGUGACAUUUUUUUCGACUCGUCGGGGGAUCAUCGCUUCGGGACGUUCGUUUCGGUGAUCUCUUGAGUGACAGUUUUCCAGCUUUUUAUUAUUCUUUUUCAACGAAUCGUGCAACGACGACGAGGAGGAGGAGAAUGACGAGCGACGAUUGGUGACGAUUCCUUUGUUUUUGGGGGAACUGAACAAUGUUUCGAUGAGAAGUAGUAGAAAGAAAAGUAAAGUAAAAAACUUUCGUCUCGUUGAAAGGAGGAAGCGUUAGUUUAGUGUGCGACAGAUAGAACGACGUACGGGCAUAGAACGAUGCGCUUGUUUAUAUCCGACCGAUAAUUCUACGAGUUUACACACACACGCGCACACGCGCGCGCGCACACUCCACAUCCCAGGAAGGAAAAGGACUGUACAAAAAAGAAAUUGAGAGAGACGAAAAGAGAGGGAAGAAAACGAAACGAAAAAAGAGGAGAGUUAACAGUGCGUGGAUAAAACCAGUGCGUUCAAAGUGUUCUCGAGGGGUAGUAGUAGUAGUAACCCGUGGCUGGACGUUUGGCAGGCAAGCGUUCUCGGUCUGGUUAAGGAGCCGGGGCCGAGGCGGGCGCAGGCAUGCGGCGGACCUGACUCGGCCGAGCUACUAGCCUGUUGCAGAAGUGGCCAAUCCAUCAGCCGGGCGUACGAUAAUCGUACGAUGAUGCCGCUCGCGCCGACGCCAAUUGUUCCUGUGCCCUCGAAGCCGAAGAUCGGCUUCAGCAUCGACUCGAUCGUGGGCGGCGGUGGGCAGGGGCGGGAUGACCGUUUGGACCGUUUGGAGCGGGUCGAGAUCGAGAGGGACGAUGGAAGCCCGAUGGACGUCGUCGAGGGAUCCUCGUCCCCUCGCGCGCGCAGGGUCGCCACGAGAUCGCCCGGCGCCCAUUCCGAGGGAUCCGACCGUCCCGUCUCCCGCAGCUCCUCCGUCGAGUCUUACCCCAACUCGCGGAGGACCCCGUCGCAUCCCGGCACCCACCAUCACCACCACGCCAACCACCACGCCAACCACCACCAUCAUCUGUCGGCCGCGACCCACCUCGACUUCGGCCGGGCAACGGUGCACAGCCACAGCGGGGGCUCGACCCCCGACAACAGCCCGAGCCCCCCUCACAGGAUAUCGCACGGGGACUCCCCGGUAGGCGCCCACCCUCAACCGCCGCCCGGGGUCGUCAGGCCGAGCCCCAACUAUCUCGCGCCCCCGCCCGGCGCCGCGACCGCGGCCGCUGUCGCCGCCGAGCAAUUGAAGUCCCUUUACGGGCUGCCCGGCCACGGGCCGGCCGGGCCCCAAACCGGGCAAACGGAGUACCAUACGCAACAGCAGUUAGCCCUUGCCGCGAAUUUGGCGGCUGCCCAACAUUUCCAGGCUGCCAAUCUAGCGGUGGCCCUCCAGGCGCAUCAUGGCGCGUCGCCCCACGGCCCACCACACGGCCCGUAUCCCCAUGGCGGUGCGCCUGGCGGGCCCCAUCCGCCGCCGCAUCCUCAUCAGCCGCCCAGGGACAGCUAUCCGCUCUACCCUUGGCUCCUCUCCAGGCACGGAAGGAUCUUCCCUCACAGAUUUCCCGGAGGUCCCGACAUACCGGGCUUUCUCCUCCAGCCAUUCAGGAAGCCGAAGAGAAUAAGGACGGCCUUCAGCCCCAGUCAGUUGCUGAAGCUGGAGCACGCGUUCGAGAAAAAUCACUACGUCGUCGGCGCGGAGAGGAAGCAGCUGGCGCAGGCGCUCUCGUUGACGGAAACGCAGGUGAAGGUAUGGUUCCAGAACCGACGGACGAAACACAAGCGGAUGCAGCAAGAGGAGGAGGCGAAAGCGCAGCAGCAGUCCGGGGGCGGUGGAGGCGGAGGUGGCGGCGGCGGCGGAGGGGGCGGGAACACGAACAACAAUUCCAACAAUAAGAACACCCAUCACGUGAGCAAAUGGCAACAGGAGACCGGAGAUUAUCACCACGAGGAGGAGGAGGAAGAGGAGCACAUCGAUCCGGAGGCGGAGGAGUGUUCUAGCGGCUCGGAGGCGUAGCUAGACGUUCUCUGCCUGGACUAAGGUGCCAGGAAUUGCGUCUGACCGACGAUGUUGCUCGAAUUUGCGGCAACCGAUCAUGAUCGAAUACGAAGGGAAGGCAUGAAGAGACAGAGAGAGAGAGAGAAAUAAAAGAACCUUUUGGAUUUUCGCACUGUGCGAUGGAAUCGCCGGAAUUGCGCCCGUGUACAAAAUUUGGAAUUGCGGGGGUGUGAAGCUAAGGAACAUCUAGAGAGAAGAUGUAUCUAACAAAGUCGAGAAUUUCUUUUUUUUUUUUUUUUUUUGGAAGGAUCGCGAUUUGGAAUUGCCGGAGAAGGAAUUUUUUUUUUUUUCUUAUCGUGAACGUCAUCCAAAGAACGUCGCAGUGAAGUGUUAGAGAGUUUGAAAAGAUUGGGGAUAAACAAGAGAAGGGAAGAACUUUCGGCUUGGAAUUGCCGAACGUUAGUGCGAAGUGAUGGAAAUCGAAAAAUUUGCUUGCCGAUCGAGCAGGAAUUGUAUAAAAGAAAUUGUCGAAUAGUGAGAUCGCGCGUGUGUCACAAUCUUGGUAAGUGAGUGUUGCGCGAGGAUCGAUCGUCUUCUGUAAUUCAGCUCGAACAGAGUUCGACAGAGACUUCUGGAAUUGUCGAAAUUCCGAAAAAAAAAACGCAUCGAGGGAAGAAAGAACGCAACGGAACGAAAGCGGCGGAAGAGAAGAGAAGAGAAGAGGCUAGAGAUGUAACGGAAAGAGAGAAAGAACCGGAAGCAACGACAAUCGAGAGGAAUUGUCGAGGAAUUGCGCGAGAAUUCCAAAGAUUUGAACGAGCGAACGAGCAUUGAACACGCGUUAGAGAUAAAUGGCCGCUCGUUGAUCGUUCGAUCGAGGAAUUGCCGAUUUUUCUCCAUCUCCAUAGAUCGGCAAUUCCAUUUUAACCGUCAUUGGACGUAAGACUGCGUUGGCAUCCCUGCGUUGGCAAGACUGACAUAGCUCACCCGUGUUCCCUCCUCGUCGUAAGAGAAAAAAGGGAAAAAAAAGAAAAAAAAAACACGCGACCAGACUUUCCAGACGAUCGAAGGAGGAAUUGCGCAAAGUUUUUCGAAAGUUUUGUGCGCGGAAGCUGGAUUAAUGGAGGCAUUGUUUCCCCUUGGAGCCGAGGCCAAAUGGAUCGGUUUCCGGCGGAAGCUUCGAGCAACGGUGAAACGUUGAAACGUUUUUCGAGGAAGCUCGAUCGAUCUUUCGAACUUUUUCCAACCAUUCUCGUCUCGAAUGGAAUUGCGCUACUCUCGAUACCGAUAAUCUAAUUUCUCCCGGUGUUUUUCUUUUCUCCAUAGUUCCUCGAUCGAUUCGAAGAGAGAAUAUGUUCCUUGGGAAUAUAUUUCGAGGAUAUUCCUCUCGGAAUAUUUUUAAUAAACGGAAAACGGAUCGAACAGAUCAGACGGGUUUCCCAAAUCCUCCUCCUGACGGAUUUAUUAAUAUAUCGCGCGUUCACGCGCCUUCUUGCCAUAAAAAUCUCUGAUGGCGGAGCACAAUUUGCUCGUGUACAUAUAAAUAAAUGAAUAAAUGAAUGAGUAAAUAAAUAAAUAAAUAAAAUAAAAUAAAAUAUCGAGAAGAAUCGUAGACUGUGAUCCGUGGUGGAUCAGGCGUCUUGCGUUUCGUUGUUGAAAGGAUCGAAACGGAACGACGUGGUAUUUGCGUAUGUGCGUGAGUGUACGUGAGCGAGUGUAUGCCUGUGUGUGUGUGUGUGUGUAUCUGCAAAUCUGUAAAUAUAAAUUCGACGUGGAGAAGCGCGUUUUGAUCAGUUUUGGAAGAAGUGAUCGAGGAUUCGUGAUGAUUACGUUAGAGAGAAAGGAAUAAGAGGAAUAAUACGAGCGCUUGUCGAUGAUUGGGGCGACCUACGCACACUGAAAUACGCGUUUCAAUUUCUACGUUUCGUGAAAUCAAACAGCCUAAAACGAAAUAAAACUUGAUAUUUGAUUCGAGACGAAAGAAGGUAAAGAAAGAGAUUAAAUAAUCCCUUGGAUGGAAAUUUUCACCGACUCUUCAAACACUCUUUUUCUUUUAUUCCACGACUUUUAACAAUAUUAGAACUUUCAUCCAAUUUGGAAAUUAUUUCUACGAAUUCAUCGCAUAAAAUAGAUCGGGACCACAUUUCCUUCAUCAAAUCGAAUCGAAACGAGGAAGAUUAUCCAAGAAACAGUGUUCGAAUCCUUUUAUCGUCGUACGAUCAAAAAAUAAUCCAAUUCACGAAUUCAUAAAACUUAGAAAAUCGAUCUUUCGAUCAAUUGCUAAAUUGGAAAGAUUUCAUCAGUGUGCGCGGACCGCCGAUAAAGCGAGCGAUGGAAAAAGAAAGGAUGAAAAAAAGACAAAAAGAAAAAAAAGAAAGGAAAACAUGAGAGUGCCAAACUUCGUAAAAACCCUCUCCUCUCUCCACCUCCCCUUCCCUCCCCCCUUUUAGAAAGCGAAAAGAACAAGAGGAGGAGGAGGAGGAGGAGGAGAAAAACUCCCCUUUACUUGUAAAAAGAAGAAAAAGAAAAAAAACUCUCGUACUUGCGAAUUGUAUUCAACUCGUCGUUGUCCCACGAGCGACCAGUAUUCCCCUCCCCCCUUCCCUCCUUCCCUCCCCUCUUCCCCUCCCCUCGUGUAUUGAAAUCGAUGUCUGACGAUGUAACGAUUGAAUUUAAAUUAUUAAUUAAUCGAUCGAUUAUAUUUCGCGCGACGAGGGGGGCGAGCGUGACGCCCCCUUCCCUCCCCUCUCCCCCUCCCUUUCCCCCCUCCACGAGAAACGAUCGUUCCCGAGAAAUCAUCGUUUUCUUCUUUCCUUUUCUUCUCUCUUUUUUUUUUUUUAAAUCGUACUCGUACUCCCCUCUAAUCCCCUCGGGAAUCGAGCGUAUCGAUCGGGAUCGAUUCCGUUCGUUCGAUCGCCCGGAGGAGGGAGGGGGGAGGGUGAACAGAUUCGAAUCGAACGCCAUUGAGAGCGUACACGAAUACACGAAUACACGAACAUACGAACACACGAAUACGCAUAACACAUACACACGUUUGGAUGGAUCUGGUGUGAUUCCUCGGCGAACGAUCGGCCCCCCCUUCUUUCCCCACGCCCGACCGGUCCCGGUGUUUUUUUUGUAAAUAACGUUGUACAUAAGAAGAAUUGUGAUUUUACUCGACGUGCAAAAAAAAAUAAAAAAUAAAAAAUAAAAAAAGGCGUAGGAUUGUACGGUAAUACGGAUGAAUCAGUUCGUGUUCUAAAAAACGAAAUAUAGCGAGAAAAAAUAAAUUAUAUCAUCUCUUCACGACAAA